AAACAGUGUGAAAAGAACCCGAACCUUCCGCUUCCAGGGCGCCUAGCGUUAUGACCCGGAAGUGCCGGCUCGCCUGAAGAUGUAACCGGAAGGAGUUCUUCGGUCGUCAGGCGUUAAGCGCCACCAGCAGUCCACAGCCGAGAGCAGGAGGGACCCCUCGUGAAGAGGUGCCGGCAUGUUUGAGCUCGAAGCAGCCUGCGAGCAGCUCAGUGACGUGAGCCUGGAGGAGAAGCAGGCGCCCGCCGAGGGGAGUAUGGAGAGCUGCCCGGACUUCGGCCUCGACCCCAAUCCCAGGCCCGGGUCUGGGCCCGGGCCCGGCCCCGACCAGCUCUGCGUUACGAUUGGGGCCACUGUGCCUACCGGCUUUGAGCAGACGGCCGCCGAUGAAGUAAGGGAGAAACUGGGUUCGCAGUCCAGAAUCAGCAAAGACCGAGGCAAAAUAUACUUUGACAUUUCAGUGGAGAGUCUGUCCAAGGUUCAUAGUCUAAGAUCAGUUGAUAAUUUAUUUGUUGUUGUUCAGGAGUUUAGAGAUUAUCAAUUCAAAGAAACCAAGGAAGAUGUUCUAAAGGAUUUUGAAGAUUUGGCUGGGAAGCUUCCUUGGUCAGACCCUUUAAAAGUAUGGAAAAUCAAUACCAGCUUUAAGAAAAAAAAGACAAAACGCAAAAAAUUAACUCAACAAAAUACUGUAUUCAAAGAAAAGGUGGAUGAUGGACAAGGAGACAUGGGAGAUGAGAAGCAGCUCACCAAUCAUACUAUGGAGGCAGUCUUAGAAACCAUUGAAAACCAAGAUGGUACCAUUGAUGAAACUCCCAUUUUAACUUACAAUAAAAAAGUUUCAGAAAAACCAUCUGCCAUUGAGAACAAAAGAGUUAAUGAGAUCCCCAGAGAUGAAGCUGAACCGCAAGUGCUCAAGUUCAGAGUCACAUGCAACAGGGCAGGUGAAAACCAUAGCUUUACAUCCAAUGAAGCAGCAAGAGAUUUUGGGGGAGCUGUUCAGGACUAUUUCAAAUGGAAGGCUGAUAUGACCAACUUUGAUGUGGAGGUUCUCUUAAAUGUCCAUAAUAAUGAAAUAGUUGUGGGCAUUGCAUUGACAGAAGAGAGUCUCCAUCGAAGAAAUAUUACACAUUUUGGUCCUACAACUCUAAGAUCCACUCUUGCUUAUGGCAUGCUCAGGCUUUGUUCUCCUCAGCCUACUGACAUAAUAGUAGAUCCAAUGUGUGGAACAGGUGCCAUACCAAUAGAGGGGGUUGCUGAAUGGCCUAAUUGUUAUCAUAUUGCUGGUGAUAAUAAUCCCCUGGCUGUGAAAAGAGCAGCAAAUAACAUCUUGUCGUUAUUGACAAAGAGUCAGAUUAAAGAAAGUAAAGCAUUCUGGGGCCUGCCCAUAGAUGCUAUUCAGUGGGAUAUCUGCAAUCUGCCUUUGAGGACUGGUUCUGUGGAUAUUCUCGUCACAGAUAUGCCAUUUGGAAAGAGGAUAGGAUCUAAGAAGAAAAACUGGAAUCUCUAUCCAUCUUGUCUCCAGGAGAUGAGCCGUGUUUGCAGACCUGGGACAGGCCGAGCUGUGCUACUUACUCAGGACAGGAAAUGUUUUUCCAAGGCAUUAUCCAGAAUGGGGCAUGUAUGGCGGAAGGUGCAUACUGUUUGGGUGAACAUAGGAGGUCUUCAUGCUGCAGUUUAUCUUCUCAAACGUACCAGUCAAGUAUUCAUUCACCCAUCAGAGCUAGAGCAUGAAAAAGGAACAUCUUGAGGAAAAUUAAGACUGGCUUUUCUUCAUGUCUUUGUCUUUGAAAAUUAUGUUUAAUGUGCCUCCCACCACUGAAAACAUCUGAGACAACAUGAGGAAAUGGAUAUAAAAUAUGCAGAAAUAGUAACAAAAGUCUAAUUUGGCACUGCAUCCAAACUAGUCUGAAGAUAAUCCUGUAACAGGAAUGUAGCAGGUGAAUAUUGCUAUUAGUAAACUUAAGUCACAUUUCCCCAACAAACUAAGGAGUAGCUGUGUAACUUCUUUUUGUCUUAAGAUGGCCUUAAGAUGUUGAGAGAUUGCUUAAGUGUUUUUCUCACGUUUACAACAUUUUCUGUUUUAGGUCUACCUCCACAGGGCAGAUUUUCCAUUGUAGUUCUUGGGAAAGAUACCUAUCACAGUGCCUCCGUUUACAAUUCAGUAAAGAAAUAGCCUUACUUUAAGUGGCACUCAUUCUUUCUUGUUACCUCAACAUUAGUUCAUUUUUAGACAGUAUGCACAUUACUACUCUGGAGCAAGAAGAAUGAAGAAGUCACAGGACAUUGAGGGAAAUUUGCCAUCUGCCUUACAAAAUGAAAUUAAACUAUACUAUGCUGUUUGCCUGAGUAAUUUAGUUUUUUUUUUUUUUUAAGGUGGUGACUAACUUGUGCUAAACUAUUUGUUUUGUAACAAAAUGCAUUUUAACAUAAGUCAUGGGACCAUGGGAUUCAAAUUACAUAAAACUAAUUUUGUUUUUAAGUAUAAGUGUAUAUUUGAGUUGUACAGAUACCAAAGUUGAUGGGGCACAUAUAUGUCACUUUAUCAGGCUCUAUUUGACACUGGAAAGCAUUUUUGGUCACUUUAAAGGAAGAACAUUAUAUAAUUUGGGGGUUCUUUAGUUGCCUUUUCUCCAUAAUGAGCAGUAUUUUUGUUGGCAUAUAUUUCUCACUGCAAACUACACAAGUCUGUACAACUGAAUACCUCCCACUCAAAGCAGAUGAGAGUGAAUCCUUCCCACAAACCAUGUAAUUGGUCAGGGUUGGUAUAAGUUAAUUUAUGUUCAAUCAUUUCCCAUCAGUUUCCAGAUGUAUUCAACUUAAUCUUUUUAUGCCAUGUUACCAUAAUAAAGUUUUACUUACCUUUUUGAUGUCA